AUGGGCUGGUGGGCCAAAUUUUGUAAAUGGUUACUAUUAAUAUCUAUCUAUUUCUCUUUCAUAUCAACCUCAGUUUUUGCCAUCGUUCCAUUUCCCCUCUUCACUUAUUCUAGCGGAUUAUCUACUAAACAUAAUUUAAAUCUGACGCUUCUUCUUCGCAUUCUUCGUAUUCAUUGCAUUUUCUUCUUCACAUUCUUCCCAUUCUUAGCAUUUUCCUUCGCAUUCUUCUUCUUCGCAUUUUUCACAUUCUUUGUGUUCUCUGCAUUGUUCUUCUUCACAUUCUGCUUAGCAUUCUUCUUCGCAUUCUUCUUCGCAUUCUUCUUCUUCGCAUUCUUCUUAGCAUUCUUCUUCGCAUGCUUCUUCGCUUUCUUCUUCUUCGAAUUUUCACAUUCUUUUUGUCCUUCACAUUCUUCUUCUUCGCAUUCUAUUCAUUUUGCUACUUUUACUGGUGUUGAAAUAAAGCUUUCUUUCUUUCUUCUUCUUUUUUUCUUUCUUUUUUCUUUCUUCCAAGGCAGUUUCUUUCUUUCUUCUUUUUUUCCUUUCUUUUUUCUUUCUUCCAAGGCAGUUUCUUUCUUUCUUCUUUUUUUCCUUUCUUUUUUCUUUCUUCCAAGGCAGUUUCUUUCUUUCUUCAUUUUUCCUUUCUUUUUUCUUUCUUCCAAGGCAGUUUCUUUUUGUUUUUAUCUCUAUUUGUCUUUCUUUUUUCUUUCUUUGUCCAUUUCUCUUUCUCUCUUUCUCUCUGUCUUUCGUUCUCUUCUUCUUUGUCUCUUCAUUUUUUUUCUUUCUAUAUUUAUUUCUCUUUUUCUUGCUUGCUUCUUUAUUUUUAUCUUUCCUUCUUUCUUUCUUUUUCUUUCUGUCUUUUUUCUAGUUGUCUUUGCUUGUUUCACAAAUAGAGAAAAACAGAGAAAAAAGAAGAAAGAAAGAAAGCUUUAUUUCUUUGCAAUGUUGUGUUAUCAUUGCAAAGAAAUAAAGCUUUCUUUCUUUCUUUCUUUCUUCUUCUUUUUUUCUUUCUUUUUUCUUUCUUCCAGUGCAGUUUCUUUUUGUUUUUAUCUCUUCCUAUCUGUCUUUCUUUUUUCUUUCUUUGUUCAUUUCUCUUUAUCUCUUUCUCUCUAUCUUUCGUUCUCUGUUUCUUUCUUUUUUCUUUGUCUCUUCAUUUUUUCUUUCUAUAUUUAUUUCUCUUUUUCUUGCUUGUUUCUUUAUUUUUAUCUUUCCUUCUUUCUUUCUUUCUUUCUUUCUUUCUUUCCUUUUUUUCUUUCUGUCUUUUUUUCUAGUUGUCUUUGCUUGUUUCUUUCUUUUUUUCUUUUUGUCUCCUUCUUUCUUUCUAUAUUUCUUUCUCAUUUUUUUCCUUUUAUCUUUCCUUCCUUUUUUCUUUGUCUUUUACAUUAUUCAAAUGUCUAUCUCUAUUCAUAUCUAUCUAUCUAUGUAUUUAUCAGUCAGUCAUUUCAUAUCUAUCUAUCUAUAUAUCUAUCUAUCUAUCUAUCUAUCUAUCUAUCUUUGAGUCAGUUUAUAUCUCCCUAUCUGUUUAUAUUGGUUUUUCCAUAUCUAUCUAUCUAUCUAUCUAUCUAUCUAUCUAUCUAUCUAUCUAUGUUUUUAAUUUCCGCUAUUUUCUAUUACAAAACAUUCUUAUCUAUCGAUCUCUCUAUCUCUCUAUCUAUCUAUCUAUGGAAACAAUUCCCAACCAAGGCAAAAGCCAUUUCUUCCUGCUAA